AUGCCUGAGAAUUGGUCUUCACGGCGUUUUCUAAUGGAGACCUGCUCCCAGCAGCUCCACAAGGAAGAAAACAUGCGAAGACGCCUGGAGUUGAUACGCCGGGAGUCCACGAAGCCGCCAGUGAUGCACUUUGGCACGACCGGCUCACUGAGGCGGAGCAACAGCAAAAGCGUCUCUCCACAGCCACACGUCGUUCUGGCAUCGAAAGACAUUGUGAAAGAAUCGUCCCGCUCUGCGCCUAUGGUGAACUCGGUGUCACGUUCGCGUCCGCAGAGCCGCGAGCGUAGCCGCCGCUUGCCACUUCCUCCAGGCGCAAAGCCGACGAGACGGAAGCCCUCACUCCCACGUUCCAAGUCAUACCGCGGUGUCUCCGCAUCCAACUCGCGUUUGGCGUCUCCAGUACCCGCACUGCAAGCGGUGGAAGGACACCCGGCAAAACCACUACGGAAGCGUGCACGUUCCACGUCACAGACGGGAGGGCACGCAAAGCUGGCACGAGUCUUCCAACCACGAAAGAAUGAGGCAAAUAUGGAAGAGCGAAGGGCGCCAUUUAUGUGCAGCGGGUCACCUUCAAGGGGAGUUGCCUCACCUUUGAAACGGUCUGCCUCGCGUACGCCCCCACCACUGCCCCUUCCCACAAUGAAAUUCGACGCAAACGAAAAUACGGUGGAUUUUACUGCGCCCAAUACACAAUUGCAAAGGACACAAGAGGCGGUGUUUUAUGCCAGUCCAUUUGCGCUCCCACAAACUGUGAAUCAUAACAGUGAAGAACUGAAAGAUGCGUUGCCGGUGGCAGAGGAGGAAGAGGAGCCCAUUCCUUUUCGCGUGAGUGAGUUUCGUAUGCCCCGUACCCCUCAACGUCGUUUCAGUGAUGUCAUGAAUCAAGCUAUUUUUACGCCAACGAAUUUCCCACGCUUUUCUCACACGGCAGAGGAGGAAAAUGAAUCGAAAGAGCAGGGAAAUGAAACGGGGAAAGAUGGUGAUCCCGCGGAUGCCCGUGAAAGCCCUGCAAGAUCGGAGGUGUUUUUUUCUGCUUCUUUUGGAGCUGCAAUGCCUUCUUCUUACCACUCGCCAGAAAAGGAAACCGUCUUCAGGACUCCCUCCGUUACCGUUGGGCAUGCCAAUGAGCAGGAAAAUGAAGAAGGGGAAGUGAAAAUGAAAGAGGACGAGGAGGUGACGAGGGAGCAGCCUUCCGAAGUUGCUAAUACUGCUGUUACUACUGCUACUUGUAUUGCUACCACGGCAGAGGUUGGCGCACAAGAAGAAGGUGCACCAACUCCAUCAUCCGUUGUUUUUUCUUUGGUGGCGUUGGACGUGGCCGUUGCGGUCGAGCCGGAGCCAGUUGCGUUCUUGACAUACAGUUCGCACGCGUAUGAAUGCAGCUCCACAACGACGGAAGCCUCAGAAAAGAUUGGGGAAAUGGGAGAGGCUCGGAAGCUAUUCUUCGACUGGCAUGAUGCUUCUCAGAAUGAAGAAAAGGAGGAAGUUCGUCUUGAGAAACUCACGGCGGAAGAAUUUGUGCCACCUGUUCCCCAACCGCACGUGGAGAGUGAUGUCUUAUCGCAGGCCUUUUAUGAGUGCAUCAGUGCCCCUUCCACACCCGGCCUGGAGUUACCGGAGGCGUAUUGGCUCCUGGAGGCAACGCGAAAGGAGAUGGCAGUCUCCUCUAUUGUUCAACGUCUCCCACGUCGCUUGGGAGAACGACGAGGUGAGGAAGGGCGUAGUAGUUUGGUCCUGGUGACAGGUGAAUUGCCAGUGGUGCGCACGCCGCGUAUUCAAGAGCCACACACUCCGCCACCGUCUGAGAAGCCGAAAAGAUACUCCCCUCUUCCAAAGCCUCAGUUGCAAGUGCCAGAUUCUCGGGGUCCAGCAACCUCUCCGCAGACAAAUAAUAUGGCUUUGUUGUCUUGUGAUCUUUCCCCGCUACCGCGUCCGGUGACGCUACGCUCACAGGUUCGGACACCAAUACCUUCAUCGCGGAAAAAAGUUUCUGUGCAUUUCUCACAGACUCCAAGCGAGGAUCACGGCAAAACGUCGCUCUGCAUAUCUCCCGCGGGGAGUUCCAAAUUCAACGAGGAACAUACUGGGAAUGGGAUUCCGGGUGAAACGGAGUAUCCGGUUGAUGAGCAUGAGGUGGAAGCAACCCCGUUGUGCCCACCCGCACGCUGUCGCUCACGGUCUACAGGCAGCAGAAGGUCAGUAGUGGAGCGACUGAUGGAAUGUUGCUCGCCAGAUGCCCGGAAGGAACUCGAGCACAUCAUCGCCACAGAGGGAGUUGCACAAACCCCACCAUUGAACCGUGGAAGUGGCCAGCUUUCAGAAUCGUUAACGGAGACUUCUUCCAUUUCACAGCGUGUUGCCGCACGCCCACGCAAGCAUUAUUACGAUUACACGUACUGGGAACGUUACCUGCGCGAUGUCACGAGGCAAAGUGCGAAGAAGCAACGACGAAAAGAUGCAAAGAAAGCAAAUAAAGCUGCAAGAAGAUCAGUGGCACAUGGUUUCUCGGUGAUGGCGGGGUCCGAGGCAGCGGCAAAACAAGAGCACGUCCACUUUCUUGCGGAGUCAAAUAAGGAUGCAAACUCCGCAGUCACGUCAACGUUCGGAGGGAAAAAGGAGGUUGCGCAAACAAACAACUCCAGGCGCUCGUCACAGUCACAUUCGUCCCGUAACAAAAAGGCAUCUUCCACGCGUGCACCCUUGAGGAAGACCAUGUCGCGAAAGGGCCGCGAGAAUAUUUUACGCCGCAAACGUCGUUUUUCAGGACGACAAAACAGACGGAAGUAA